GUUGGCCAGAAAGUUGCUUCCAAACCCCGGCUUUCAGUUCACAUCCAACAUAUUGCAGAGGUGGUGGCAUCAACGGAGAAUUUUGUGAGCCAAGGUCGACUGAAAUACAAACAAGCGACCAACAAAAAAAAAUUUAAACUCACGGAAAAUAACAAAGAAUCAACUCUGCAGUUUCCCCAUUUUGGUCCGAAAAAGUGCUACGUGUGGAAACGAAGAAAAUCCCUUCUGUUGAAAAUCAAUUGAAGAUCACUUGAAGAUCAUUCACCGCGAGAUCAGUUCGUGAUUGUAAUUAGCAAAAGUGAUGAACUAAGAGAGAGGUGCAGCCGUUUUUUUUUUUGUGUGAAUUUUCUUAUCUGCACGGGAGUUGGUUUGCGAAGCAAAAGACAACACAGAGGAGGCCAUCAUGUGUAACUACAAGGUUGCCAGAUCAGCACUACACAAGCUCUUCGUGUACGGGACACUCAAGAGAGGAGAACCUAAUCACUACUGGUUGAAAAAGGCAAGCAAUGGAUAUGCCAAGUACAUCUGCAAAGCAGCCACAACGAAGAAGAUGCCUCUGGUUAUUGCCACACGCUACAACAUCCCAUUCCUGCUUGAUAAGCCCGGACAUGGGAAUUACGUUGCGGGGGAGAUCUACGAAGUUGAUGACAGGAUGUUGGAUAAAAUUGAAAACCUCGAGGGUAGAGAUCUCCUCAGCAGGGAUAUUCAGGAUAUGAAUAUGGGGCUCCAGGAAGGAAUCGUUCCAUGCUAUGUGUUUCUGCUGAAAAACUAUCCAGAGUACCUCGAUCAACUGCCAUACCUCUCGGAAUACCUCAACACUGCACGGCAUCCCUAUGAAGCUAGAUCAGAGCGUGAUGAGAAGAUUGUGGCCAAGAAUGACUUACUGUACAAUUUAUUCAUCUGAAGGAACAUCCUUUUUGUGAUUUUGCGAAGGAAAAGUUUUCCAAGAGAUCGCCGAGACUAGUCUCAUUCCUCUCUGUUGAGUAUUUUAAUGCUGGUUUCUUGUGCGAGUCAUUGAUUAAAUUUUUUCUAUAACAAA